AUGGCUCGUACUAAGCAAACCGCCCGUAAAACGAACGCAAAACCGACUCCGAGCAUCCCAGCGGUGGUGAGAGCCGCUAACAAGGCACUGGUUUUGGCAUCGGCUCGCAAGGCUGCUCCAGUUACUCUCGGAACUAUGCGCCCAGUGCGUUUCCGUCCCGGAACAAUCGCUCUUCGCGAAAUCAGACGUUACCAGAAAUCGACCGAUUUUCUGAUCCGCAAGGCACAAUUCCAGCGCCUAAUCAAACAGAUCGUGCAAGACUUGAACGUGGAAUUCCGCUUCCAGUCCGCUGGCAUCGAAGCUCUCCGCUGCGGAGCAGAAAGCUAUCUUGUCGAGCUGUUUGCGGACACCAACUUGUGCGCCAUUCACGCCAAAAGGAUCACUAUCAUGCCAAAGGAUAUCCAGCUUGCAAGACGCAUCCGCGGAGAAAAAUUCUAA